UCCGUGUGCAGAGCUCACAUCUCCUGUGAUCGGUUUGGAGUCAAGGCACUCGUACGCAUUUGUUAAAUUUUGCUGUCGCUUGUGCGUUGCGUCGGUGGACGAGCUGUGUACUUCAGUCAACCCUAUUUGUGUUUGUGCUCAACGGUCCGCUCGCAGAAGGGGCAGGACCGCGCAGUAACCAUUCCCGGUGAGGAACGGCGGUGGGAGUGCAUCGCUGCUCAGAGCGGACUGGACCGCCGCAGGAAAGACGCUCCCAGUCGCUCGAGUUAGCUGGCUAACUUGACGCUAGCUGAUCGGAAGCUUAAAAUGUCGUCUCUCUGCGCUUUGCAAAGUGAACGGGACGGUCGCAGAGUCGAGGGAUUGUGCCAUGAGAUUGCAGCGCCGUGUUGUUGAUGUUUCCGAGCCUUGAGUUAUGCUCUCACGAAAGAAAAGUAAAAACGAAGCGUCGAAACCAGCCGAGGUACACGGGAAAUAUGUGAAGAAGGAAACGUCGCCGCUCCUGAGAAAUCUUAUGCCCUCAUUCAUCCGCCAUGGACCCACUAUUCCCAGACGCACAGAGGUCCCUCUGCCAGAUAUGGGGCCCUCUGCCUACUCUGUGGCACCCAGCCGGGAGCCCGUGGUGUCGCGCAACAAGAGUUUCCUCCGUACCCCUGUGCAGAGGCCUCCUCAUGAGGUGGCCCGCAGAGAGAGCCACCGCAUGUCAGCACCCCCAUACUUGCCUCGCAGUCUGGGAGACCUGCCCCACGAGUAUGGAGGCUCUUCACAGUCCUUCCUCACAGACGUGAGCCCCAUGUCUGAGAAUGGAGAUGCUGCCCGCUAUUAUUACCCUUCUGAACCUUAUUAUGACAGCCAGCAGCAGCAGCAGCAGCAGCAGCAGCAGCAGCAGCAGCAGCGUCAGCCAAGGAGGGUCCCAGACCGCUUUCCUGAGGACUAUAGAUACUAUGAGCACAAUGAACACAACUUCCAAAGACUUCCCCGACAGCACACUCCCCCAGCUCCAAGCAGACCCCCUUCAGGCAUAGGUCGAAUACAGGCCAAGUCCCUGGGGAACCUCUCCAGUAUAACGGGAGAGGACCUCCCACUUCCGGCCGGCUGGACCGUUGACUGGACCAUCCGUGGCAGGAAGUACUACAUUGACCACAACACUAAUACUACACACUGGAGCCACCCUCUGGAGAGGGAAGGGCUCCCUCCAGGCUGGGAGAAGGUGGAGUCAGCUGAGUUUGGGGUCUACUACGUGGAUCACAUCAACAAGAGGGCACAGUAUCGUCACCCCUGUGCUCCAAGCGUGCCUCGCUAUGAUCAGCCCCCACCACUACCACCGCCUGUGACCUAUCAGCCACGUCCCACAGAGAGGAACCAGCCGGUGCUUGUGCCAGCUAACCCAUACCACACAGCCGAAAUCCCAGACUGGCUGCAGGUGUACGCCCGUGCACCACUAAAGUAUGACCACAUCUUGAAAUGGGAGUUGUUCCAGCUGGCCGACUUGGACACGUAUCAGGGCAUGCUGAAGCUGCUCUUCAUGAAGGAGCUGGAACACAUUGUCAAAUCCUACGAGGCGUACCGACAGGCGCUGCUGUCCGAGGUGGAGGCUCGCAAACAGCGGCAGCAGUGGUACGCCCAGCAGCCCAACAAGAACUUCAUGGGGAACAUGUGAUCUGUGUGUGUGUGUGUGUGUGUGUGUGUGUGUGUGUGUGUGUGUGUGUGUGUGUGUGCGGCAGGGACGCUGCACUGCCACACCUCUCUGAGGUUUCCACAGUUUGGGAGCGGUCAGGGUUUCUUUUGAAAUCAUGAUUGACUCUUAAUUGCCUCUUUACCAAACACAUCUGUGCCUUCGCUUGAUCCAAAUAUAUCAGCCAGGAAGUUGAGACGCACAUUGGCGGGGGGGGGGGCCCUCUUCCCCCCCCACGUUACGCUCAGUUCACUCAAUUUAUGAAUGACCGUGUGACUGAAAAACACUCCAAUGAAGAAAAGAAACCUAUAAUGUGCUACAUCUGGGGAGACUGCUUGUGGUGCCAUUUACAGCCACUGCCCUGAGAACUGAAUUGCUGUAUGGAUUUCUGUUUUUAAGACUGAGGAGAACAGAGUCUGAAAAACUCUGGAUUUUCGUUCAAAAACACCCUGAGAUUGUGCCUUUUUUUUUUUUUUUUUAAUAAAUAAAACGCAGCAUUUUUAAAAUGUCUGCUCAUAUCGUGUAUACACCGGCUACUCCGUCAUUUUUUCCUGUGGGAGAAAACGACAGGCAGCUUCUUCUAAUUUGUUAGCGUAUGAAAUACUUCAUGACUGUUGUUCCUUUGCUAUGUUACCCUCAUAAACUGAAACCACACUCUUUUACAUUAAACAAAAAGUGUGUAUUUUUCUUUUUUUUUUUUUAUGACAUACUGUAUGCUUUAUAAGACAAUCCACCAAAACUUUAACGGAUAUUUAAGUUUUGAUAUGAAACACGUCUUUAUUUAAAAACCUUUUGAUGGAUGAAGCAUCACAUUUGAUGCAGUGGUUUGAGCAUCUCUCGGCUCUUUGGCAUUACUGUAAGUCAGGAAUAUUCUUGUGUUUGUGUGUAUAAUGAAACAUAAAUAAGCUACUGGAACUUUUUAAAACACUUCAGAAGACACAUUAAGUUUGCCAAACAAGUGCAAUUCAAUUUCUUCUUGUUUCAUUCUUUCUGAAUAUUUCUUGCCUUGGUGAUGCCUUAUUUUUAUGGACUGACAUAUCUCUUUUGGGAUUACAUGGAAGUACAGGUUCUUGGAACCAUAUUCUAUUGAUUAGCAAUAAAUUAAACCUUUUUAAGAUAUUCAGAAACGUCUUAAAGUCUGAGGUUUUGUCUAGUAGGGACUGGUGCGAGUGUUCUAUAACUGCGUUGAUAACGUUAGGAAAGAUAAAUCGAUUACCACACUUUAACGUUUAAAAAAAGGUGUCAGGAGCUGGCGAAAAUAUGACUGGUUUAUAGGAGUUUUAUAUGAGUGAAUGCAAAUCCAUACACUUCUGAAUGUCGUAAAAGGGUGUGUGUUUAGGUAACAGUAGAAUAGGUUGGUAAAGAACCUUGGGCUUCUCUUCAAUGAGUUCUUCACUAUGCAAGAAGGUCUCGAUCGCAUCUUUUCAGAAUGGUGUCAUCAUUUUGUACAUAUCUCAUGUUGUGGAUUGCAAAUACAGGACAUAAGCAAUAAAGUCUGCAGUGAA